UUGACAUAAAUAGGGAAGAAGGCAGGAACCACACAACACCCUUUAACCCAGAAAACCAUAGAAGAGUGAUAGAAAGAGAAAUUACAAAAGAGAUUGAAAUCUCCAUUUUCAUUCUCAAGAAACGUGUUUUGACAUUAUUUAACGUGUCAUUUCAAUCCUUUUUUUUUUCUCUAAAAAUUCUCCACCUUUUGAUAAUUUUGUGGUUUUUAGAUCAUAUAAAAUUUAUGUUUUUGUUGUUUUGCUCUUUCAACUUGUCAUCGCAUUUCACUAUUAUUGCUUUGUCAUUUUUUUUGUUUUCAACUACAACGUGUUUGUAUAAAUGCGUGAGUGAAGAGAAGAAAAAGCAAGUGUACAAGUUCCUGGGUUUAGACAGGAACAAGAAAGAGGGAAAAAGAAUUUUGUUUUUUUUUUAGAUUUAAGAUCAAAGAAAUCAAUUUCUAUAUCUGGGUUGAAUUUAUUGUUUGAAAAGAGUGAAUUUUUCAGAGAUGGGUCAAUCUGGGUUGAUGAAUAUAGUUUUAUUUAGCACCAUUUUGGUGGGUUUUUUACUUGUAUUUGUUUCAGCAAAUGAGGAAACUUUGAAAGAAGUAGCAUCAGCUGAGAUUGAAAUGGAAGAAAUUGAGGUCAGCUUGUUGAGAAAGACCAUUAAUUUCUUAUGGCAAAGUGGUCAAAACACUUAUGAACAUGUUUGGCCGGAAUUGGAAUUUGAUUGGAGAAUUGUUGUGGGGUCAUUGAUUGGAUUCUUUGGAGCUUCAUUUGGUAGUGUUGGAGGUGUUGGUGGGGGUGGUAUCUUUGUUCCUAUGCUUACCCUGAUCAUUGGGUUUGAUUCCAAAUCUUCAACAGCCAUAUCAAAGUGUAUGAUUAUGGGUGCAGCAGUUUCAACUGUUUACUAUAACCUUAAGCAAAGGCACCCAACUAUGGACAUGCCAGUUAUUGACUAUGAUUUAGCACUUCUCUUCCAACCAGUGUUGGUGCUUGGAAUCAGUAUUGGUGUUGCCUUUAAUGUUAUUUUUGCAGACUGGAUGAUCACAGUUUUGCUCAUUAUUCUCUUUCUAUUUACAUCCACAAAGGCAUUCCUUAAGGGUGUAGAUGCUUGGAAGAAAGAAACUAUCAUGUUUAAGGAAACUGCUCAACGCUUAUCAAACGGUGAUAGUGGUGAUUACAAAGUUCUUCCUGCUGUUCCUGACAAAAAGGAAGAGGUAUCUAUAAGAGAAAAUGUGCACUGGCCAUCAGUGGGCAUUCUGUUUGCCGUUUGGUUUGCAAUCCUAGGACUCGAAAUUGCUCAGAAAUAUACCACUACUUGUACUGUUUUAUUCUGGGUAACCAACCUAGCACAGAUCCCUAUCGCACUCGGAGCGUCUGGUUACGAGGCGUAUAUGUUGUACACAGGGAAGAGAGUGAUUGCUUCCAGAGGUGAUGCCGCUGGUAACUGGAAAGUGUACCAGCUAGUUCUUUGCUUGUUUACUGGGAUGAGUGCUGGAAUGGUUGGAGGGCUACUUGGUCUUGGUGGUGGUUUCAUUUUAGGCCCUUUGUUCUUGGAGUUGGGCAUCCCUCCUCAGGUAUCAAGUGCUACAGCAACUUUUGCCAUGAUGUUCUCUUCAUCUAUGUCUGUUGUAGAAUACUACCUCCUUAAACGAUUUCCUGUGCCAUAUGCGGCCUACUUUGUUGCUGUUGCUACGUUUGCCGCCUUAGUUGGGCAGAUUCUUGUGAGGAGAUUGAUUGCUAUUAUUGGAAGAGCCUCUCUAAUCAUCUUUAUCUUGGCAUUCACUAUUUUCGUCAGUGCCAUUUCACUUGGUGGUGUAGGCAUCUCAAACAUGGUGUACAAGAUUCAACAACACGAAUACAUGGGAUUCGAUAGCUUGUGCGCAUACGCAGCAUAGAGAAGACAUUUUUGUUUUUUUGGGUUUGUAUCAGUUUGUUUUUUGGGCAAGUAAGUUCUACAGAUAGGAGAGAGUAGUGAAAUGUGAGAGUGGAACCCUCAGUGUGAGGGCGAAAAGUGGUUGGUAUGAGAACGAGUGUUCUGUGUAAUUGUCAAUCGAGCUCCUCCACAUCUUUGCUGCUAAGCUUUUAGCAAAUUUUUUGUGCUCAAGUGCACCUGUAUUUCUUAGCUUAUUAUUGAUUCCAAAUAAUCCACGUUAAAGCUUUAGCUUCUAUUUAUAGCAACAUCAAUGAUGGUAUCUCUUUAUUUC